AUGGCGGACAUAGAGUUCGGUCUGCCGACCUGGCAGGCUGUGUUGUUAUGUUUGAUGUUUGCUGGCUUGUAUGUAGGCAGUCUGUAUGUCUGGGGUAAAUCGACAAGGGAGAAAAAUAGAGAUCAUCCUGAUGUUAUCAAGAAAAGAUUUAUUAGUGUCUCAAUCGUUUGCCUCAUUGUACCAAUCAUUUUGUGGUCAGUUUCCAAGAAGUCAGAAAAAGCUGAGGCUAGUUGUCUGUUUGAUUGGCUUGGUCUGCGGUUUUGGGGAAUAUUACCAGCUUUGGUUUUACCUUUGUUUUUAACCAUGGUCUUGUUUUUAGGGCCGCUAUCGCUACAUUAUAUGGAUGGAGUGUUUAGAUUGUAUUUGGAAUCAAAAUACUGGACAAAUUCUGUAAAAAACUAUGCCUGGAUUCGUAACCACAUUGUGGCACCAAUUUCAGAAGAAUUUAUUUUUCGAGCUUGUAUGCUGCCCUUACUUGUGCCUUGCUUGGGACCUGUGUUAUCUGUGUUUCUGUGUCCAUUAUUCUUUGGAGUCGCACAUUUUCAUCAUAUGAUUGAGAAAGUGGCCCAUGGACAGCAAGCAGUUGGGGAGGCAUUUGCACAGUCGUUGUUCCAGCUGUCUUAUACCACAGUUUUUGGUGCCUAUUCAGCCUUUCUAUUUUUAAGAACAGGACAUUUGAUGGCACCAGUUAUUGCUCAUGCAUUCUGCAACCACAUGGGCUUCCCUUCAUUUGGGGAAGUGAUGGGGUACAGCUCGUCCACAAGGCUCAAGCUGUCCAUCAUGUUUGUUCUCGGCUUGGUGGCAUGGCUGGGGCUUCUGUUUCCUCUGACAUCACCUUGGCUGUAUUCUAAUGAUGUGUACAGUAUAUGA